AUGGCGAAUGGUUUACCGCGUGGUAUAUCUGGGCUUCCCAGUCCAGACCCGGCUGCGAGCGAGGGGAACUCGUCAGUCCAGGUCAAUCUCGAUUCGGCGAGCAACCAUGGAGAAGGCAUAGGGCGGCGAUCCCGUUCGCCGUCAAUGCGACGAUCUUCCUCGAGAGGACAGUCGCUGGCACGACAAGCAACUGCCAACUCUUUAUCGUCCUUCCUUUCAUCACAGCCAUCGUCACAGCCGUCUCAGACCGAACGGGCGCCGCCUGAGGAUCUUUUGAGGGACCUCAUUGACGCCACGGAAUCAAGCAGCGUUGCCAUUAGCGGUUGCCUCCACGGAGUGAAACGGCCUCACGACGAUGAGACGGCGGACGAACCCCUCGCGAAGCGGGACAAGCUCGGCGAGGAACUCGAGAGGAUGUCUGCCGCACACUUAGCCGCUGUUUCCACUUUGGUUGCGCCAGCAUCCUCAGCCUUCCCGGCAGCGGCAGCAAGGCCAUAUGCUCCCCCUGCUAACGGCUCUCCACUCCCCGACCAUGGCGAUCCGACAGUCGGCAUGGGGACAAGGGGUCGGCUUCCCAUCAGGCCUUCGGGACGACGACCACAACAUCCGAGCAAUGGGACACACCUUUCCCGAAACUCAAUUCCAGAAGGACACGAACAGGCAAGUCACUGUGACGACGAGUCUGAACGCUCCUCGGAUGGUCCAGGAAUUGGAGACGAUGCGUAG